CACUAGAUAUAUCUACGGGCUUACCUCGAAGCUUAUCGAAGGUUUUGAGAAUUUUCCGGCGAAACUUCCGGCGAUGAUAACUCCCAACUCCGGCGACUUCGGUGGCCACCAACUAUUGCAGCAUGUUCUCCUCACUCUCAGGAACACUUUGACGUCAUUCCGUGGCUCUGCAAAAGCUGUUACAUGGAAGUUUAUUCGUGCUGCAAAGGCUGCAACUGUUCGUGAACGGAAUUGGUAUAUGAAAUUGUUAGAUGAGGAGGAUCCAGCCAUUCAGCCAUAUCUAGCACGCAUUGGAUUUUCGAAGUGGUCUCGGGCAGCAAACAAUCGAUACUCAAUCAUGACAUCAAACAACGCUGAGUCAAUGAACAGUGUUGAUGCUUCAGCCCGCGUGUAUCCCAUUGCACAACUUAUUGAUUUCAUAAUUGUGAGGAUGCAAAAAUGGUUCCAUGAACGGAGAAGCUUGGCUAAUUCUACGUCAUCUAUUCUGACAAGGCAUUAUGAAGCAAAGUUGAAUGAGUUACAUGCUUCGUCUGCAGUCAUGAGUGUUCGCCCAUCGUGUGAGUAUGAGUUCCAGGUUUUGGACACUAAUGGAAGGGCUUUUGUAGUUAAUCUUCGGUCCAGGACUUGUACUUGUUGUGAGUUCCAGAUCGAUCACUUCGUAUGUGUUCAUGCUGUUGUAGCUAUUCGUACACGCCCAAGUGUUUCAUGCUAUGAAUUUAUAUCAAAAUACUACACUACUUCUGAGUGGAUUGCAGCAUAUGAAGGCAUUAUACACCCAUUGGCUAGUAGAGACAGUUGGGUUGUUCCAGAGAUAACAGCAAAUAUAGAAAUAUAACCAAAGUCCUAAAGUAUUUUCAAUGAUACCCCCCUCCCCCUCCUUCUCCUGCCUUUGCUUUCUAGCCCGGGUUUUAGUGUUGUCCUCAAGAACAUGAGGGUCUGUAGGGAUUGCCAUUCUUUGAUAAAAGUAUUUCAUUAGUAUCAGCCAAAGAGAGAUUUAAAGAGAUUCCAUGUGUUUAAAAGAUUGUGUUUGCAUUACAACGCCAGAUGCUCUUGACAUUGAAUGGUUUGGGUGUGUCAUUUCUUAAUAAAAGUUAUUUGUUGGA